AUGGCAAUCAGCCAAGGGCAGGAUGCCCGACCAGUCUUCUUUUUUGACAUCGACAACUGUCUUUAUUCAAGAGACACCCAGAUCCACGAUAGGAUGCAAGAAUUGAUUGACAUCUUUUUUGUCAAGUAUCUGUCACUUGAGCCCGAGGAUGCCACCAUGCUUCACCAAAAGUACUAUAAGGAAUAUGGUCUGGCUAUAGAAGGACUGACUCGCCAUCACAAGAUCGACCCUCUAGUGUUCAACCGCGAAGUCGAUGAUGCAUUACCGCUGGAUGAAAUCUUGAAGCCCGAUCCAAAGUUGAGAGAGUUCCUUCAGGAUCUGGACACGACCAAAGUUAAGCCUUGGUUGCUCACUAACGCCUAUGUCACCCACGGCAAGCGAGUUGUCAAACUUCUAGGCGUGGAAGACCUCUUUGAGGGUAUUACUUAUUGCGAUUACGGACAGGAGAGACUUAUCUGCAAGCCCGCCGAUGAGAUGUGGGAAAAGGCAGAAAAGGAGGCAGGCGCCAAGUCCAUUGAUGAUUGCUACUUUGUUGAUGACUCCGCCCUUAAUUGUAGGUAUGCAGAGAAACGAGGGUGGAAGACAGCGCAUUUGGUCGAGCCAAUGCUACAGAUGCCAGUGACCCCCGCUUGCAAGAUCACGAUCCGCCGUCUGGAAGAACUCCGAGAGUUAUUCCCCCAGUUCUUCAAGAGCAAACAAGAAGAGGCCAAAGCAGAAACACUAUGA